GUCGUCUCGAUGAACAAGAAGGCGGUUCUACGCGCCUACCGUCACCUCCUCCGGGCGUCUCUAGAAGCAUGCCAGUACACGACGCCUGCACGGUAUGCCGCUCGAGACAUCAUCAACCAGGCAUUCAGAGAACAGCCCGCGAGCGCUUUCAGCCCGCUUCGGGUCAAGAAUACCCUCGCAUUUCUCAAAAGAGCCAAACGAAACACGGGGUUCGAGCAUAAAAUACUUAAAAAUAUGGCCCACAUACGAUAU